UCAGCAGUCUGGCAGCCCUCCCUUGUUAUUAUUGUUACGCGAGCAAACACAAUUUUACAUUUUUUUUAAAUUUGUUAAAUAAAUUUGGCAAUAUGUUGGCUUUGCGUAGCUCACAAAAAUUAAGCAUUCAUGCUUUUCUGCCGGCUAUUUGUAAAAACGUGGGAUUUGCCAAUUACUCCUCCUCAUCCAAAGAUGACGAUGGGGCCUCAUCAUCUGACGAUGAGAAAGAACCCAAGAAGAAAUUACGAAAGCCAAUUGAUAAUUCUUCCGAGACAGCGGCACAGCGCCUUAACAGACUACUCGGAAGCAUGCAGACAACCGAUAUGUCUGCAGUGGAUUUUCCACGUCCAGGUGAUGCGCAUAGGAGGCGCAGGGAGGCACUUAAGCAGGAGACCGCUUCGAAGAAUGUGCUGACAGCAGCCAAGAAUAUUGCCAACAUGCUCAGCACUGGAGAGAACGAUCGUAGGCAGACGGAAUCUGAGCUAUUGGCCAAGUUGCUGGGACAUACUGCCAGUACCAGCACAACCAGGGAUAAUGCACCCAAAAAAGGCAGUGAAGAAAGUGCUCCAGCCGGUACUGAUAAGGAGGUAAAUUUAAGCGAACUCAUUGUGGGCAUGAAAAUCGAUCGCCGCCAACAGCCGCCAGAAGAAACUCGCGGCGAGUAUGUACGCCGCACUUUGGCUUCUUCACGUACAAAAUCCGGGUUUACUACGGAUCGCAAUACUAAGCAACGGUCUCACAAACACGUUAAACGUGAACCCGAAAGUUAUACGGGCAGUGUCAAUCUUUACGGUGGCGAGCCUUUGGGGGUUUUUAAAGAUCCCAGUGCUCUUGUGGAUUCACCGGACAUCCUUUCAACUUGGUCCGCACUAAAUGAACGCGAAUUGAAGUUACAUGCGGCGCAUCCACCGGCCAAUUAUUUUGAGCAGAUGAUUCAGUGGACAUCACAGGGCAAGGUGUGGCGAUUCCCUGUGGACAAUGAACAGGAUAUGCGUGACGAAGUGGACGUUGACUUUUCCGAGCAUAUCUUUCUCGAACAACAUAUAGAGUCUUGGUGUCCAUCUAAGGGCCCCAUACGCCACUUUAUGGAAUUAGUGUGUGUGGGCCUGUCCAAGAACCACUACAUAACGGCAAAGGAGAAAAAGGAGCAUAUUCUCUGGUUCCGUGAUUACUUUGAGUCCAAGAAAGACAUACUCAAGGAUCUGAUGAGCAAAGAGAGCAUGGAUAGAGUUAAGAGUGUUCAGGCAUAAAGCUGUUACCACAUGUGUUUUGUUAAAAAUAUAUUUCGCCUUUAUAGGUGUAUAUCCUUUCACAUA